GCUGAGAGCUCUGCGAUGGCGCUGAGCUUUGUUUUGAACAGAUAACCACCCAUCACUCAACUCAAACGGGAUGGAAAAGGACACAAACGACAUGAUUCCUUCACGGACGGAAAGAAAAGCUCUGGAAAAGGCCAAAAUCCUGCAGCGGGAGAGUGAGAGGAAAAUCUUCAGACUAGUCGGGCGGCUGCUGAAGAAGCCGGAGGCGGAGCGGUCGGUGGAGGAGGCUGCGCUGCUGCAGCUGCACGGAGACACCGUGGAUGUGCUCUGCAGGAGACAGGUCCGCACAAAUGUGCUCAAGAGGAAGCAGGAGGAGGUGUUUGAUGAUGCUGAUGAGUUGAAAAGUAAAAUCCAGCAGUUAGCUGUUGCAGUCAGACAAGCAAAUCACCUUGUGGUGUACACUGGAGCUGGCAUCAGCACGGCAGCCUCUAUCCCAGACUACAGGGGCCCUAAUGGCGUGUGGACGCAGUUGCAGAAAGGACGAUCCGUAAGCUCAUCAGACUUGAGCAAAGCUGAGCCGACCCUCACGCACAUGUGCAUCAGGAUGCUACAUAAGGAAAAGCUGGUUAAGCACGUUGUGUCCCAGAACUGUGAUGGACUUCACCUGCGUAGUGGUCUACCCAGAAACGCUUUGUCAGAACUCCAUGGAAACAUGUUUAUCGAGGUGUGCACAUCCUGUUCACCGGUCAGGCAGUAUGUGCGCUUAUUUGACGUGACGGAGCGGACAUCGCUGCACCGCCACGCAACUGGACGCAGAUGUAGCCACUGCGGCAGCGAAUUGAGAGACACAAUAGUGCAUUUUGGGGAACGUGGGACCUUAGAGCAACCUCUGAACUGGAAAGGAGCAGUCGAUGCUGCCGAGGUGGCAGAUGUCAUCAUCUGCUUGGGCUCAAGUCUGAAGGUGCUGAAGAAGUACGCUUGUCUGUGGUCCAUGAACAGACCAGUGAGAAAAAGGCCCAAACUCUACAUUGUUAAUCUUCAGUGGACACCAAAAGAUGACCUGGCUUCCCUGAAAAUUCACGCCAGGUGUGAUGAUGUAAUGAGUCUGCUCAUGGAGGAGCUCAAUAUUCAGAUUCCUUUAUAUGACAGGGCGGAGGACCCCAUCUUCUCAUUAGCUACUCCUCUGCGACCAGAGGAAGUAAAAAGCCAUACUCGUGAGGUCUUAGGUGGCCCUGAUGGGCAGGAAGACCACACAGCUGAUGCCAAAGAGGAGCGAGAGGAGGCCUCAUCUGUGCAGGGUGGCUGGUUUGGACGGGGAUACAACAAAGGAAGGAGGACAAAAAAGAAAAAAGCUGCAUAACUGAGGAAAAUGUCAUGGACUACAUACAUUGUCGUUGAAUGAACAAUGUACUCCAAUUACUGAUUUAUAUUCCAAUAUCAUGAAGUUUCAGCAUUAGACUAAUGUUGCUGAAUGAGAUGUUUUGUUUUGUGUUCGCUCGCAAUUAUGUCAGAGGCACAUGCAUUUUGUGGGAGCAUUUUGACAUUGAAAGUUCAAAAUUAUACAGAUGGUGCAGAAAAGUAGAAAUUUGUACUGCAUACAUUUUUAAGUAAAUUUGGGGGAUUUUGAACUGGAUUUUGAACAGCUGUUAUACAACAGUUGUUUUUUUUGUUUGUUUUUUUAUUAUAGUACCAUCUGUUCGGCAGCUACACUGGAUGUGUUGGUCACAACUGAAACUUCGCCUGAUGCAGCUAACACGAUAGUAUAAAACAAUGAAAAUACUGUACAGAAACUCGUGUAAACAAUUAUGACAUGGCAGUAUAACAACUUUCUGGACAACCCACAGCUCUACAAAAAAAAACUUAGUCCAGUUGAAGUGGAUCUUUUUUAUCCUUUUGAAACACUCCAGUAUUAGGAUUUCUCACCCCCAUCUCAAGGUUUACCUGUAUGUGCUUUAAUAUUACAUGCACAUCUUUUUACUGCUGCUUUUGUUGCCUACAGUUAUCUUUUUAUAUUGUAUUUGUUGGAAUAUAAUUUAAUUUAGUAUUUUAAUGUUCAAAAUUCCAUGUUGGAGCGUUAAGUAUAUGCAGAUCACAUUAAGGUGCUGUUCUCCAUAAGAUGAAUGACCUUAUUAUUUGCCAAUUUGGAAAAUAGUGUUUUUAUGUUCUAACUGUGGGAAAUUUAAUCUGAAUUAUGGAGAUUUACCAGGUUUCUUUUUGGUUGUUUUGUCUUUUUAUAUUUCUGCAGUUUUGCCAUUUUCCACUGCAUUGCUUGAAGUAAAGUAUAUUUUUGUAGAAUUUCUUAUAAUCAUGCCUAGCAUUUUUGGUAACUGGCUACUUUGUUUUGUUUAUUUUGAAGGAAUUUUGGUUUACCUAAAUAAUGAUCAACUCUCACUCUGCUUUAACUGAUGCUCAGGUUAGCGAGUAAUGUAGUCAAGCCACUACUGUGUUUUGGUUUACGGAAGUUUGAUUUGUUUACGUGUUUCAUUUUGUUUACUUCUGUGUAAGGAAAGAAAAGCAUUGUCACGUUUAGUUACUGUUUACUGUUUGUCAUUGGAAACAAGCGAAGGGUUGUCUAUUAAUUUGUCUCAGGAAGAUUCUGUAAUAUUAAUAUUAUGUACCUUACAUUGUCAGAAGUUGUAGCAGUAUAGACUAGCCAUGAUAAGCUAGUGUUCAACAUUCCUAUAAAUGAAACCAGUGCUAAAACUAGAUGUGAAGAUUCCAUGGUGCAUUUUCCAAAACUACAGUAUUUGAGAGAGAAUAAAUCAUUCAUUUCCUUGUACUGCAACUUCCUUGACUGGUGAAGAAAUGCACUUGAAUCAAGUACUGAAGAGAACUCUGGCAUAACCCAUGCAAGUAUUCACUUUUUCAGAUAAACAGUAACUUUACAUUUUUAGAUAAUUGUGUCUCAUCUAAAGUUAGACACAGUAGCAUAUACAGUAUUACUUUUGUAUAACUGUACCUAAAAGCUGCCUUCAUUUUUAGGAACUGUUGUCCUUCCUCCACUAGGCUUUCUAGAGUAAAUCUGAUAAAUCGCUUAUGCUCUGCACUUUUGAUAUAUUAAUCAAAUACUGAGUAAAUACCUAGAUAAAAAAAAUAACUUUCCUUCCUACUGUUUGAGACAAAUGACUGUCUUCUU